AUGGACUACUGCACGAUCAAGGACUACUGCAUGAGCAAGAACUACUGUACGAGCAAGGACUACUACACGAUCAAGGACUACUGCACAAGCGAGCACUACAGCACGAUAAAGGACUGCUACAAGAGCCAGGACUACGACAGGAACGAGGACUACUGCACGAGCGAGGACUACUGCACGGGCGGGGUCUACCGCACGAGCAAGGACUACUGCACAAGCGAGGACUACUGCACGAUAAAGGACUUCUGCAAGAGCGAGGACUUCUGUCAAAUUUUAGCCAAUCAGGUAUGCAAUAACUGUGGUAUAGGACCGGAAUGCAGUGUUUAUUUCAAUGUCACGUGGCCAGUGGCACGUGAUUAUGAAUGCUGGCAGUUGUGUGACAAUAAUAUAAACUGUACAGUGGCAACAUUCGAUGGGUCAAGCAAUUGCAGGCUAUAUGAUUGCAGUAAAAUUGGACAAAAAAUAGGCAGUAAAGCAUACAGAAAAUCCAGUAAUCUAGAUUGCAAUGAGUUUGAGGUGUAUUACUUUACGGAUUACGAAGGUAAAUGCCCGGUGAUUACAACCAAUUCCGGUGCCACCAGUGCUGAGUCUUGUCUGGAAGGUUGUCUAGGAAAACCAACUUGCCGAGGUACAACAUUUGACGCAUCAACCAAUACAUGUCUUUUCCACGACAAUAGUUGCUCACCCGUCAGUAUGACAUCCCCUUACAAAACUUUCAUUGAAAGAGUUUGUGUCAAUGAACAACCAGCUUGCGUACGGGAUCAGACACAAAUGUGUGUAAACUGUAGAGCUGGGUUACUGUGUCAAACAACUUUCAAUCAGAAUUUAGAAACAAAACCGCUAAACAUAGAUACAUCUGUCAUAGGCGUGGACUCUGAUGUUGAACAGAUUUGGUAUUUUGCAAACGGUUCAAGCUACAUGUAUAUACAAUGUCCAUAUGUGGCACAGCAAAUUGGAGAUACCGUAUACAGAGCGACCUGUACUUUAGAUUGUCCAAAGUUUGAACUCCUCACAUUACCUGGACAUCGUGGUUCGUGUUCUUGGCUAUCAACAUUAUCUGGGGGCGUAACCUUGGAGUAUUGUAUGAGCAAAUGCCUUGACAUGGUAAACUGUCGUGCAGUUACCUACAAUUCGAAUUCAGCUAGUUGUAACUUCCACGGAUGUACCGAUUACGCAGUCUCAGCCGGCUAUGAUUUUAUCAUAAGACGAUGCUUGAACGAAUCAGGAUGUGACGCUUCAUCGAAGAUCGUUCAGACUUGUGUUAAUUGUGCUCCUGGUCCUAACUGCCAUGACUACUACCAAAGUAACGUAAACAAAAAAUUGGAAACCGACUGUCUUACCAUUAAAACCUCAGAUAGUGACAGUACUAUUGUCCACUACCAUCGAAGUUACAGUUCCUGCAACCGAACACAAUGCUCUCAAGUUCGUCAAGAAAUCGGAGAACUAGUAUACAGAGAUUCGUGUAAUAUCGAUUGUCAGAAAUUCGAGAUAUUUCAGUUAGAUGACGUCGGCGGAUCUUGCGACGUCAUACACACUGAAGAAGGCGGUCUAACGUUCCAUUAUUGUAUCGAGAAAUGUCUUGACAUGCCUGGUUGCAGAGGAUCAACAUUUGCAUCCUCUACGGGGAAAUGUGAAUAUCACAAUUGUUCAAAUCAUACGACGUCACCGGGUCAAAGAUUUAUGUGGAAACACUGCAUCGACUACGAACCGCAAAGGGAUUAUCAGCAAAUUUGUGACUGUUGUGCCAUGAGUGAUUUGUGCCAGAAAUUUGCUGGUGCGCUCGUUACCCCCUAUCCGUCCUGGGAGACAUGCGAGGUCCAGUUCCAAAGUUCUGAAAGUCGAGAUGUUAUCAUGUACAGAACUUACACCAACGGCUGCUUCCUGAUGAACUGUACUAUGAUUGUCCCAUUUUUAGACUUUUUACUCUAA